GCGGGGUCCAACUGAUGCUGCCGCACUUGCGUCGUUCUGUUUGGAUUUUACGGGGCCAGCGCCUAGCAGUCGGAGUACUCCACUGCUGUGCUAAGUGCACGCGCCAUGCUGCACGGAGCCCUAGCCAACUCAUGGGCCAACUGCCGACUGCACGAGUCUCCCCGUCUCGUCUGUUCUCGCACACGGGUGUGGACUUCGCUGGACCGAUUCCCGUCCUGUUUUCAAGAGGACGAGGCGCCAAAACAACGAAAGGCUACAUCGCCGUCUUUAUUUGCACUGUCACGCGGGCAGUUCACCUCGAGGUAGCCUCUGACCUUUCAACCCAUGCUUUUCUUGCAGCCUACUUUCGUUUCACUGCACGCCGUGGAGUUUGCGCUGUGCUGUACUCGGACAACGCCACGAACUUCAAUGGCGCAGCUUCCGAGCUUCAGCGCAUGCUGGCCAGCUUUUUAUUUGCUUCAAACAUCUCCAAGAAGCUGGCAGCUCAAGGGACGGACUGGUCCUUGAUCCCCCCACGAGCUCCUCAUUUUGGUGGGCUUUGGGAAGCCGCCGUCCGAAGUGCUAAGCAUCACCUCAAGCGCGUGAUUUGCGAGACCAGGCUCACCUUCGAGGAACUGUCGACGUUGUGCGCCAAAAUUAAGGCCUGCCUUAACUCAAGGCCCCUGUGCGCCUUGAGCAAUGAAGUUACGGGCGAGCUCGCCCUCACUCCGGCACAUUUCCUGGUCGGCUCUGCGCUGCUCUCUCACCCUGAGCCAUAUGACGAAGCGCAGAGGCCAAUGUCACCUUCCAACCGCUGGAAGCUACUUGUCAACCUUCGUAACUCAUUUUGGUCAAGCUGGAGAAAGGAGGUCCUGCUUCAGCAUCUCAAGCGAUGCAAGUGGCAGACUCCUCGAACGAAUUUACAAGAAGGAGACGUCGUGUGGUAAUUGCCACGCAGGCCGGGGCGGAUAACCUUGUGCGCGUAGCCACGGUGAAGACGGCUGCCUCGACGCUUCCGC